AUGGCUGCUUGGAUUAGAGUAUCUGCCAUACAGCUUGAAUGUUUUGAUGUUUGGUCCCUUAGGAGGAUUGGCAACCUUCUUGGUAAAUUGCUGAAAAUUGAUUCGUUGACUACUUCGCAAAAUAGGGGUAAGUUUGCUCGUUUAUGUGUGGAGUUGGACCUAACUAAGCCUCUUGAUGCCUUUGUGCAAAUAAAUCAACACUGGUACAAUAUUGAGUAUGAGGGAUUACCUGAUAUUUGUUAUCUAUGUGGGUGUUAUGGUCAUAAAAGGGAGAGUUGUACUUUGAAAUCUGUGAAUUUGUCAGAUGAGGCAGGGAAAGCUCAAGGUGCAGGAGUGGGACCUAUGAAUCAUGACUCUGUUGAGGUUACAGAAACUGUGAAGAUAGCUGAGGAUAGCUUGCGAGGCCCUUGGAUGAAUGUGCAAUCUAGAAGGCGACCAAAAAAUAUUCGUAAGGAUGUUCCUGGGCAGGGUUCUGGUGGUAGGAACAAAGGGUCUCGUUUUGAUGCUCUUAAUGAGAUUGGUGAAGAUUUUGACAUAAGUGGGCUCAAUAAUGUUAACCAAGUUCCGACGAAGGUUGUCCCUAUUUUUAAAUCUGUGGUGGAAGUUGGUAAGAAAGUUUGGACUAAGUUUAAACAUGCUAAUUCGGGUUCUAGGCCUGUUCUGAAUGAUAUCUCCAAUAAGAAUGUGCAGAAAGUCUCUAAUAGUAAGGUGUUGGAUAAGAGUUCGGGCUCUUCUGUUAAGUUUACAAUGGGGGCCUCUCGAUAUUCUCGUAAUAUGGUUGUUGGUGGUAGGAAGCCUUCUACUCUUAGUGCUGUCACUGAGCAUUUGGAGAGUUGGGGUGAUGGUCAACAUAGUCACCAAGAGAAAGGGGAUGCUUCUGACUAUGAUGAUGAUAAUGUUCUUGUGCCUAGAAGGACUGACCAGCUGGGGCAACUUGCGAAGAUGGAUUUGGUUGAGGGCCAAACUAGCACUUCUGGUGAAAAUUUGACUGGUAUUACCUUCAACAUUGUUGAAGGUGCUGCGUGCACUAAGUUUAAGACUACUGUGAUGAAUUUGAGUCGUUCUCAUCAUAUGGAUAUACUUUUCAUUUGUGAGCCUAGAAUCAGUGGUAGGAAGGCUAUUGCUGUGGUUAAUUCUUUGGGGUUUUCCAAUUAUGAAAUUGUGGAUGCCAGUGGUUUCUCUGGUGGCUUGUGGUUAUUAUGGAAUGCUAGUAAAGUCACAGUUGAUAUUGUUGGUACCUCAGCUCAAUCUAUUUCUGCUUGUGUCUGUUGGCCUGGUCAAAAUCCCUGGAUGUUUACUGCUGUGUAUGCUCAUCCUUGUAUUGCUAAGCGAGAGAAAUUAUGGGACUAUCUUUCCUUUGUUGGUGCUAAUCAUAAUAUGCCUUGGUUAAUUGCUGGUGACUUUAAUGAGAUGUUGAGAUUUGAAGAUAAGUUAGGAGGAGCUUCUUUAUGCAGAUUAAAAGGGUUUAAAAACUGGUUUGACAACCAUGAUAUGGUGGACUUGAGUUUUUAUGGAUCCAAAUACACUUGGACUAAUAAAAAUUUUUUUGAAAGGUUGGACAGAGCUAUUUGUAAUUUGAGUUGGCGAAGGUUUUUUGGUAAAGCAACCGUGAGACAUCUCCCGAGGACAAAAUCAGAUCAUAGUCCCAUCAAAAUUUGCUUGGCUUCUUGUUUUAUUUCUUCCCCCCCUUCCAGACCUUUCAGGUUUGAAGCUAUGUGGCUCCAACAUGAGAAAUUUCAGGAUGUUUUUGAUGCUUCUUGGGGGCCUGUUAUUGGAUCUGCUCUAGAUAAGUCUUAUGCUUUAAUUGCUCCUCUGAAGCAAUGGAAUAUUCAAGUGUUUGGUCAUCUGAGGCAGAGGAAGAAUAGGUUGUUGGCUCGCAUUGAUGGUAUCCAAAAAUCUUUGUGUAUGGGUCCAAAUCGUUUCCUUAGUAAUUUGGAACCUGAGUUAGUUAAGGAGUUUAAUGAUGUUCUGGAACAAGAAGCUUUAUUUUGGAGGCAAAAAUCCAGGAUUAAUUGGUCGCAGAAGGGUGAUAGAAAUACAAAGUUUUUCCAUCUUUCAACUAUUAUUAGGAGGAGGAGAAAUAAAAUUGAAAGACUUAAGAAUAUUGCUGGUGAUUGGGUUGAGGAGGCAGUGGGAAUUAAAGCUUUAGCUGUGGCUUAUUUUUCAGACUUGUUUUCUAAUGAUCAUGUGGUGGACUCUGAGAUUGGUUUUCCUAAUUUGUUUCCUGGCAUAGAUGUGGCUGAUUUGAGGCUUUUAAAUAGACCAGUUGCUUUGGAGGAAGUUAAAGCUAGUCUGUUUAAUAUUGGAGGACUAAAAGCCCCUGGGAUAGAUGGUUUUCCUGCUUGUUUUUAUCAAAGCCAGUGGAAUCGUUGUGGUGAAGAUAUCUUUCAGAUGGUGAUUGAGGCUUUUCAUGAGUGUGCAAUUCCUAAGAAGCUUAAUAUGACUCUUAUUACUCUUGUGCCUAAGGUGGAAAGUCCUUUGUCAAUGGUGCAGUUUCGCCCUAUCAGCUUGUGUUCUACUUUGUAUAAAGUGAUAUCCAAGGUUAUUGUUGCCAGGCUCAGAACUAUCUUACCCAAUCUCAUAAGCCCUAAUCAGUAUCAAAUAUGUAUCAAUGGAGAGCUCACUGAUUCUUUCCAACCUAAGAGUGGUAUUAGACAAGGGGACCCUUUGUCUCCAUAUUUGUUUGUGUUGUGUAUUGAAAAGUUGUCCCAUAUUAUUUUUGAGGAUGUUCGGAUGGGUAAAUGGAGACCUGUUAAGUCCUCUCAAGCUGGGCCUGCUGUCUCUCACCUCUUUUUUGCUGAUGACUUAGUUUUGUUUGCUGAAGCUACCUCUAAUCAAGCUAGAGUUUUGAAGAAUUGCUUGGAGGUUUUUUGUCAAGCCUCUGGUCAAACAGUAAAUUUUGAUAAAUCUGCUAUCUUCUGUUCUCCUAACACCUGUAAGGAGAUAGCUAAGGAAAUCAGUUGUAUUUGUGGCUCUCCUCUAACUGAAGAUCUUGGAAGGUACCUGGGCAUGCCUCUAUUGCAUUCUCGAAUUGAUAAAAGGACUUAUAGUAGCUUAAUUGACAAAGUGCAUAAAAGACUUGCUGCUUGGAAGGGUAAAUUUCUUUCUUUAGCUGGUAGAGCUACCCUUAUUCAAUCUGUUACUUCGGCUGUACCUGUUUAUGCAAUGCAAACUGCUAAACUGCCUACUAGUGUGUGUGAUGCACUUGAUAAAUUAAAUCGAAAUUUUUUUUGGGGUGGGAGUGAGAAAAUGAGCAGGGUCCAUCUUUGUCAGUGGGAUCUUGUUUGUAGGCCUAAGAGUAAAGGGGGGUUGGGCUUUAAAAAAACUGGUGCUAUGAAUCAAGCUUUGUUAGCCAAGAUUGGUUGGAGGUUGCAUAUUAAGGAUGAAGGAUUGUGGGCAAAGAUUUAUGAGGCUAAAUACCUUAAAGGCCAUUCUAUUCUUGAUGAUUCUGUGAUUUUUAGGCAGGAUUGUUCUUCUACAUGGAGAGGUGUGCUACAUGGGGCUGCUCUUCUAAGGAAGGGUAUGUUAUGGAGAAUUGGGGAUGGUGGUACUGUUAGUUUUUGGAAGGAUAAUUGGGUUUUUGAUGCUCCUUUAAACCAAAAUGAUAGUUGUGUGCAUAUUUGUGACCCAGAUUCUGUUAUUUCCAGUUUUUACAAAAAUGGUUGGUGGGAUAUGGAGAAACUAAGGGCUGCUUUACCUAAUGAUCUGGUCCAACGAGUUAUUAGCUAUCCUGUGGGGUUUAAUAGUGGGAUUCAGGAUGCUCAAAUUUGGAAGUUUUCUCCCAAUGGGAUUUUCUCUGUAAAAUCUGCUUAUAAUAUGCUUUUUGAGGGUUGCUCUGAUGUUGAUUGGAAGUUUUUGUGGAAGCUUAAGAUUCCUCCCAAGUUGCAUAUUUUCUUUUGGCUUGUUUUUCAAGGAAAAAUUCUUUCUAAUGAGCAAAGAGCUAGAAGACAGCUGUCUUUGGAUGCUUCUUGUGGUUCUUGUCACUGGCCUGUGGAGUCUGUUCUUCAUAUUCUUCGUGAUUGUGUUAAGGCUAGGAAGGUGUGGAAUGCUCUUCUUAAUUCUAGUCAAAGUGCUGGAUUUUUUACUAUGGACUUUCAGCCUUGGCUUAAAGUAAACUUGAUGUCGAAGAUUGUUUGGGCUGAUGGUUUUCCCUGGAAUUUGGUUUUUGUUUUCACAUGUUGGUACAUAUGGAAAUGGAGGAAUUUCUAUGUGUUUCAUGGUGAUGAAGAAUUGGCUUUUGACUCUAUACAGAUUAUUACUGCUGCUGUGAAGGAAUGGUUUAAAGCUUCUAUUGUUUCUUCUAUCAAGUGUGCUAAGGUUGAGGCUUGGUUUGCUUGGGAACCUCCUCCUGCUGGGGUCUUUAAACUGAAUGUUGAUGGCUCUAGGAAAGUUGCUUCUGGCCAUAUUGGUGCUGGAGGUGUGCUGCGUGAUGUUUCUGGUGAUUGGUGUAGUGGUUUUGCAAUUAAUUUGGGAAAAGGGCAGAUUCUAGAGGCUGAAUUAUGGGGCUUGUUUUUUGGUCUGAGGAUGGCUGUUGAGAAAGGGUUUAAUAACCUUAUCGUUGAGAUGGAUUCGGCUGUUGCUAUCCAGCUUGUUCAGCAGCAUGAUUUUCUUACUUUGCACCUUCUUGCUUCUUUGGUCUCUAGUUGUUGGCAAUUAAUGCAUAAGCUUGAGAAUUGCAGCCUUCAUCAUAUUUUUAGGGAGAAAAACAGUGUUGCAUUUCAACUGGCUGCUUGGAGUUAUAACUUAGAUCUUGGUAUCUGCAUUUUUGAUGAGGCCCCAAGUUGGGUUGGGGCUUCUUUGGUGGAUGAUUUGUUAGGGGUGUCUAGACCCCGCUUGAUUUGUGUUGGCUAG